AUGGUGACCAAUAACGACACGAAUAGUAAUAUUUCUGACCAGAUCGAAAAGGAUAUGUGCAUUGUGUUCCGUAUCGUUGGAGUAUGUUUGGGCAUUCCCAACCAGACCUUCAAGUGGUAUUAUCGCUUAAGUUCUAAUGAACCCUUAUUGUACCAAAGCUUUACGCCGCUUGAGUUCUACAACUCAAUGGUCCGCCCGGUUAUUCGCCUUGAAGACAAGGUCUCUUUGAUAUCCGACCCGAGAGCCAACAGGGAAUUUGGCCGGUUGUACACGUUUGAUUUGGUUGGGAACGUUGAGGACGGCACUAAAAUCAUACGUAACAAUCAACCAAUUGAAGUACUGCUGGAAGCAUGCAAACAAUCGAUCGCCGAACUUGACGAACCGGUUUGGUACAGUUGUGAAGUGUUCCAGAGAUUUUCAAACGAACUUGGGCUCGAAGACUUAAAAAUACAUGACAUAGAAUCAUUGUUCGGCACUGACAUAUCAAUUCCAAUGACCAAAAGUGAACGGAUUUUAUACCACGAAUCAUACCCAACGCACGCAAUGGUAUUGACUGGAUUCCACGAAGAAAACGAUGAAGUUACACGGUGGCUCGUUGAAAAUUCUUGGGGUAAACGUAAUGUGAACACGAAUGGGUUCAUAACGAUGACCACUGAAUGGUUUAAAGAAUACGUUUUUGAAGUCAUUGUUGACAAAAGAAUACUGCCAAAAUGUGUUCUGGACGUAUUUAGCCAGGAACCAAUAGUAUUGCCAGUUUGGGAUAAACUUGCAUCUCGUAUUUGUUGA